AUGGCUGCUAGAGUGUUGCUACAACGGCGCGCCGCGCCGUUGGCAGCGACCGUCCUGAUGGGAGGAUUCGCCCUGGCUCCCCGAACCGUCUACGCUGAAGCUCCUGAGACCAGCCAGUCUAAGAAGCCGAUCUACGACGAGCCGGAACCCAUCCCAACGAGCGGAACCCUUCCCCCGAUCCCCCGGACCGAGCAGCCCCCUCCGACCGAGGAACCCUCGAAGCCCCGAGGCCCUACGCCCACUGAGCGUCUCGCCGUCCAGAUCGGAAAGGCGCGCCUGGGUCUGUACCAGUACGCUGUCGGCGCUGAGGAUGCCGUCAACCGGACGAUGGACCGCGCCUUCAACCUCGAGCAAUCUUUCACCGGCACCAUUGCAUCUCUUGCUCCCCCUCGCGAGAGCGGCGAGACUCUGAUGCCGGGAGCCAUCUACGUGCUUGUCGCCGCCAUGGCUGGAAGCAUCAUCACCCGCAACCGCAGCAUCAUUCUCCGCGCUACCGCCCCUCUUGCUCUUGGUAUCACUGCCGGCUGGACGGUCCUGCCCAUCACCAUGGGCAACGUCUCCAACCUGGCCUGGAAGUACGAGCAGCGCUUCCCCGUUAUUGCCCAGGGCCACAUCAAGCUCCGCGAGAGCAUUGAGAACAGCUGGAGGGCGACCAAGAUCCACAGCCAGAUCGGUGUACGAUAUGUUGAUGAGAAGGUCACGGAUGCCCGUGAGACCGUCGAGGACUGGGUGAAGAAGGGCAAAUAA